AUGUCACCUCUCGUCAAACUCGCACUCGAUUCGCGCUGGGCGUACUUCGGCGUUUGCUACGUCGUGUCGGUGCUUUCACUCACGUUGUGGUACUAUGCGGUCGUUUACGCGUUCGGAUUCGAUUCUACACCCAAGGAGGCUGUUGGAGAUAAGGAACGAAGCUUAAGGAUAGCUCAGAGUGAGUUGACGUGCUUCAUGCUUUUUCUGCAGUGAUGGUUUGGAGUGCGAGCAGUCUUGAAGGUGGCACGCGCCUCCUAAGGCCGCCCCACCGAAGCAGGCCGGCGCGGCCUCGGGCUGGCAUGGGUGACGUUACCCCAAUCGCUUUGCGCCCAGCGCUUCAGAUUUGACUUACAAUGUCUCUGAUUCAUCUCUUCUUCUGAUCCCCAUGGGCAGGUAAAAGGCGAUCUUGGGUCCUGACAGGAACCGCGGCGUUCAUCAUGACUAUCGCCUCGAUCCCGUUCAACUACGACUUGCUUCGCCGUGGUCUUGACCCCCGCUACGUUCAGCGACGAGAGGCGUUGGCUCGAGCCGUGGUGGCUUUUUUUGUGGCGUAUUUGAACACGGUGAGCUCAUUUGGUUUGAAGCUCACAGGUGCGCGGGAUAAGCCGUGGCCUCUGAUUCGUUGAAGCUAACAGGAGUCUUCUAUGCUUGCUCGCUACUCGGCACAAUUUUCCCCACUGCUCUGGCCUUUGUUGUAAAACUUAGGAUCUCCUCAUUGGAAGCAUGCGUUACCGUCAACAAGUCACCCUGCUUACCGGUUGGAUCCAUCACAUCGCCUACACCAUCCUGCUCGGCUUUGUAUAUCGGUAAGCCUCGCACGCUGCCAAGAUCGGUUGAUGUGCCCCCAAGGACCUAA